UGCUUAUGAGUAUUCAUUUGGCAUGUGAGUAUCGUGUGACUAAAUUUUGCUGAUGUGUGUUGUUCCAGUAGAUUCUUUAGAGAUUAGAGAGAAAGAAGCGUGUUUUCUGUUUUGGCCUAUUUUGACACUCCUAUAGAAGCUUCUUGUAUUAUAGGUGAAUUCUAGUCGAAUUUCUCUUCAAAUUCUGUCUCAACAUGAGUCAAGUUACAACCGACCCAUCCCAUGGCUCUGUAGACGCCAUGUUCCGUGGACCCCCUACAAAGCAAGCCCGCUACUCAUCCCUCAUGGAGACGGAUUUCUCGGCCGAAGCGUCCAAUCAGAUAACCCGAGCUUCUUCAGGAAUAAUGCCACAUCGCAGGCACAUGCCCCUUGCCUCCUACAGGCCCUCUAGUCUACCACCGUUCGUCAGACGGAGUGCGAGAUUGGCUGAGCAAAACAGGAGCUCAGCGGAUACUAUCCACCUGUCCCCGACGGCAACAUCACCAGCUGUAUCCAUACAUCCGGACGAGGUCAUCGAUCUAAUCACUCCACCCCCCACCCAUCCCUCCUCCAGUGGGAGCCCAUCAUUCACACGACCCCCCACGGCUAGGGCUGGACCUACCCACUUGUUGUUUGGGGACGAAUCAAGACACGACAUGUUCUCUGCAGUACCUACCAUGCCUACCAGAGAUUCGGGUGGCCCCAGUUCAAGCCAGGGUGGGUUUUCCCCCUUCAUGUACCCCACAUUACUCCAAGAUGCCCGUACAAUGCCACAGAGAAGCAGUCUACUCUCCUCACCCACUCAUCCGCAUCUCAUACCCACAGAAUCGCUCAGAUCCAGAGAGCAGCAACGAGAGAGUGUGAUACGGAACAACUAUCGAACCUCCUCCAGAUACAGAGAUCCAGUUGUUCUAGGCAAUUACCCGAAUGAGAUGUCGGCACAAAUUGGACACAAUUAUCAAGCCUAUCCCUCGAUACCAAACUCUUUAAAUCCUGUACAACGUGUACCGAUUGCAUCAAGUCUUCCUCAGUGGUCCGUUAGCAAUUUCGAUAGUUACACAGUGCCUAGCGGAGGAGAUACAAGCGGUUUUUAUCGUGUGGCUCCAACUGGACUUCCUCGAUCAUUUGCGCUGCCCCAAUCUCGAAUAUCAACUGCGCAAUCUAUCUCGACAGUGUUGCAUCCUCCCUUCAUGCACCACGGCUCUGAAGCACCACACACGUUGAACACAUAUCAUGAUGAAGAAGACGAAUUGAUUCCUCUAUCACAACACAUCCAUCCUCUACGCCAGACAAGUGCUCGCACAAACCACGCAUAUCCUGGUCCUUCUACAGACAGCUCACAAAUUCAUCCAGUUCCCCCACCAAGUAGUGCAGCAAAUUCUCGACCUGUUUCACAACAAGCGCGUCAAAUGUCUCGCUAUCCGAAUUCUGCCCACCCUGGUCCUUCAACUGACACCUCACAAGCUCAACCCUCUACGGGAAACCGACGUGCAGGGAAUCGAACUUGCCGGAUGUCAUGCCGACGACGACCUCCUGUUCCGCCGACCAAUGAGAGUGGCAGUAGUGGCUCCAGCUCAGGGACUGGUUCGUCGAAUGGAAGGGCAAGUCAUAGUGGCAGUGCAGACGUCCUCAUUGUGGUGGACGAUAGUGACAGUGAUGAUGAUGUGAUAAUAGAGAGCUGGGUCCCUGGCAAUAGUCGUAUACCUCUACACGUAGGCUCAGUGUUUGGUCAGCCAGCCCACACACAAGUGAACAUAGACGAGGUGUAUGCACGACAGUUGCAGGCUCAGUACGACCAGGAGAGCACCACAGCACAGCAGCACCUACCCCAUAUGGUAGGAAGGUUCAGAGAUGUGCCGGUGGUACCAGCUGGUCCUUCUGUCCCCAGCAGUGGAGGCAACCAAGAAAGUGACGGAAGUGGCGUCAUUUGGGACAAUUUUGAUGCUCUAGCGUCACGAGUCCACAGCUGGACCAGACAGGAUGCCACUCGGUUCCUCCACGCCUCCUACAUGGCCAGACCUGGCCCCAGGAACCACCGACAGAUAAUGGAGAAUGCCCGGAGAAUGCCUGCCAAUAUACUCGUCAGAGCCAUCAUUGGGGACAACCCGGCCAUGAGACUGACAUAUGAGGAUCUGUUGGAGCUUGCUGAAAACAUUGGACCAGCCAGGCCCCAGGGAUUAACCAAGGCCACGCUUGACAGGCUGCCAGUGCAUAUGUGGGAGAGGAGCAAUGAGGAGCAAAAGUGUGUGGUGUGUAUGUGCUCUUACGAAGCCAAGGAGAGAGUUCGCUUCCUGCCCUGUACCCAUAACUACCACCAAGAUUGUAUUGACCAAUGGUUCAAGGACCACUCAACGUGUCCAAUUUGUCGUGUUGAGGUCAAGUCUGAAUAGAGAGAGAAAGUGUUCAAAUCAACUGUCUCUGGAACAAUCGAAUGACUGAUCUUGUUCAUUAUUGUUAUUAUUAUGUUAUCACCAAGAGUGCAUGAUGCACUCUGUAGCGUACUUCAAAUCAAUACUUAACCACUCUUUUGUACAUGUUAUUGGCCUUUAUUGGCAUUCUAAUUACAAUGUUCAGAUUAAC